AUAAAUGAUCGACAUCGUUUAAAGACAUCCACGGAGAAGCCAGGGAUUGUUUUUGUGCCUGACAGGAGCCAAUAAGGUAAUGAUCCGUGGAGCGAGGAUUGCAUCCUCCGUCAGCGUCACAAGCUCUUUCUCACCGCAUCCAGGAUACACCACAGAGAUGGGUUCGACGGUCAGGUUGAGUAGAACCGUGUUGGGCGUUCUGGUGUGCAUGGCGGGGCUGGCAUCCGCCCGGAGCCCCCGCACGGCAGACCAAGUAUCUGAGGCCGAUAUUCAACGCCUCCUACACGGCGCCAUGGAGCAGCUGGGCAUCGCUCGUCACAGGAUCGAGUACCCCGCUCACCAGGCCACCAACAUCGUGGGUCCCCAGAGUAUCCAAGGCGGAGCCCAUGAGGGGCUGCAGCACCUGGGUCCCUAUGGAAACAUCCCCAACAUCGUAGCUGAGCUGACAGGGGACAACAUCCCCAAAUACUUCAGUGAGGACCAUGGUUACCCCAACCCUUCCAACCCAUGUCCACUAGGAAAGACGGCUGCAGAUGGUUGUCUGGAGAAUGUCCCAGACACAGCAGAGUUCAGCAGAGAGUUCCAGAACCAUCAGCACUUGUUCGACCCAGAACAUGACUACCCUGCUCUGGCCAAGUGGAACAAGGAACUGUUGUACCAAAAACUGAAGGGAGGACCCAAAAGAAGACAAAGGAGUGUCAAUAACCCCUAUCUGACGGGUCAGAAGCUGGACAACGUUGUAGCCAAGAAGUCUGUUCCCCACUACCCAGAAGAGGAGGACUAUAGAACAUCCACCUGAAACCCACCCCGCGUUGUUCUAACGUUACUAACCCCACCAUGUCACAUCACUAAAACUAAAGUAUAUUCAAAAUGACAUCACAAAAGUAUUGGGAGUGUUCUCUAAGUAUUACUUUUAAUCACCAUUACAUUUCGUUGAACUUACGUAGCCUACUAACAACGUUACAUGCAGUAAUAGCGGUAUAUUGAUAUGUACAACUUGUGUAAAAAAAAAUCAUUUAAAAAAAGGUAUUAUACUCUGCUAUUUUCAGUUCUCAAUCAUUCAUUGAUCUAUCAAAAGUAUUGAUACUCCGUUUAUUUGUGUGCCUGUGAUGUAUGAUUCAUCCUGUGAAGCUGAAUUUUCUGUUUUUAUCAAACAAAUAUGCUGUUGAUGUUUUUGAUCUGGUUUUGCUUAUUUUUUUGUGUGGCUCAAGCCUUAAUUAAGUCUCUUGCUGUUUUAUUUCUGAUCAUUUUCUGUUCAUUUAAAAUAAAAUGAUUUACUCUGCAA